AUGUUUGCUCGCUCGGUGGUCGUCGUCGUUGUGAAGCUGGAUCCGGAGGAGAUCUUCACCAAACACGAGCGCAUUGGGCGCGGCUCGUUCGGUGAAGUCUACAAAGGAAUCGACCGGCGAACAUCUCAGGUUGUUGCGAUCAAGAUCAUAGAUUUGGAGCAAGCUGAAGAUGAAAUCGAGGAUAUCCAGCAAGAAAUCCAGGUGCUCAGCCAAUGUGAUUCCCCUUAUGUGACGAAGUAUUACGGGAGCUACUUAAAG